UUCUGAUGUAGGACCCAUAAGACCUUGCGGGUUUCAUCAAGCACCAUGGCCACUGACACAUUGUCAUUGUUUGGAUGCGGCAUUUUGACGGCAGAAUUUUGUCAAAAUUCGUCGAAAUCCUAUUAAAUUUUCAGGCAAAAAAGGAGUUAAGGUAUGGAAAAGCAGUGCAGAAUUGUAGCACGCACGUCGGCGUAGCGUUUUUGUCUUUCAAGUCCUGUAGGUGUAGAUAGAUAGUAUUAGGUACUUGCGGUAAGUAAUGUUCAAAUUCCAUGUUUGCGUGUUAAAAUAUUAAGUUUACAAACAAAGUUAUCAGAUAUGGUAGGAAUAGCUAUCUACUUAUCAGUUUCUAAGUGUUGUGUGUUUUAUUUCUCUGGCAAAUUGGUUUGUAAUAGGUAUAAUGAUGACAUUCAAUGUUCAAGGAAAAAUUGCUCUUAUUACUGGUGGUGCAUCGGGGAUUGGUUUAAGUUGUGCCAAAGAACUUCUAAGCAAUGGGUUACGGGGAGUAAGUUUAGUGGACCUCGAUGAGGAGAGUGGAGAGGAUGCAGCGAACUCCUUAAACUCAGAAUUUGGCGAGGGAAAAGCCAUUUUCAUACAAUCAGACGUAACGGAUUAUUUCAUUUUCGAGAGUGCAUUUCGUAUUACCAUCGAGAAAUUUAAAAACAUAGACCUAUUAAUAAACAAUGCCGGCCUGUGUAAUGACUCUAUUUGGGAACGUGAGAUCUCUGUCAACGUGAACGGUACGGUUCACGGCAUGCUAUUGGGUCUGGAAAAUUACAUCCCCAAAUACAAAUCUGAUAAGGCUGAGGGGGUUAUAGUUAACGUUUCUUCCAUUAGAGGGGUGGAACCUUUAGGGGAUAGGCCCAUAUAUGGCGCCACGAAGUUUGCAGUCCACGGCAUGACUUUGGCUUGGGGUUGUCAGGAACAUUAUCAACGAACCAAGGUUAAAGUAAUAGGAGUGUGUCCGGGUUCAACGGCAACUCCUUUGAUAAGACAUCCGGAGCAAACUAAUUUAGGAGAGGCCUACGAAGUAAUUAGGAAAAAACGGACCCAGUUGACGCACUUGCCAAGCCAAACACCACAGCAGUGCGCUCAGUGCAUAGUAAAUGUUAUCAAGGCUGCCGGUACCGGAACCAUUUGGAUCGUGGAGGGCGGUGAGACUUAUAGAAUAUGUUAUGCCAGAUCGGGCGUCCUUGAAAUAGUUCGAAAAUAAAAUGUCAAAUAAAAAACAAUGUUUUCU